UGUGCCAUGAGGGAGGGCCCUGCAUCUCUAGUUUUUUAAAAAAAUAAACCAUGAAAAUGCUUUCUAGAAUGGUGGUAUUAUUUUACAUUCCCAUCAGCAACGUAUAAAUAAUCCAGGUUUCUCUGCAUACUCACCAAAAUUCAGUGUUUUGGGUUUUUUUUUUUAAUUUUUAAGUCAUUCUGAUUUAAUUUGUAUUUCCCUAAUGUUUAAUGAUCUUACCAUCUGUUAAUCUUCUUUGGUGAAGUCUUCAGGUCAUUCACCCCCAUUUUUCUUUGGAAUUGAGAGUUGAGAGAAUUCUUUAUAUAUUCUAGAUACUAAUCCUUUAUUGGACAUGUAAUUUAUUAAUAUUUUCUGUCUUAUCUUGUCUUUUCAUGCUAUCCACAUGUACUCCCAUUGAGCAAGACUUGAUGAGGCUGAUGAGGCCUAACUUUAUCAACUGUUACUUUCAUGGCUCUUACCUUUUGGGUCAAGUCUAAGGAUUCUUUACCUAGCUCUAGGCUCUGAGGAUGUCCUCCUGCUCUUUUCUAAAAGGGCCCUGGGUCCUUUACUUUGCAGGAAAUGAAAGACUAGGACAGCUGGCUUCCCACCUCAUGGAGCUUUCAUUCUGUUGGAGGCUACCAGCAAUUACGGCAGCUAUUCCAAGGAGGAGCUUGUUAAAGACACAUAACAACAGAGGCUACCCUAAAAAUUAUGAUUCGAGGAUCUAGGGUAGAACUGGCCCCUGCCUGUUAUGCAGGAAUCUGCUCACAGCUCUGGCUCAUAACCCAACCCAGCAAAGCCUGAUCUACCAGAGUAGGCACUUUGUUCAGAUCUGCAGCUGGAGAGGCCUAGUGACUGACAAAGAGGGGUUCUGGGGGGCAGAGACCAGGCACAAAGGAAAGGUGAACAGUCUUAGCAAAGAUUGCUGCUGAAGUCGAGAGAUGGUCUUCCUCUGCCUGGGAAUGGGUUGUUGCCCUCUGGCCCCAGCUGGCCCAAAAGAGAUGCCCUAGGGACCUUCUGUCCCUAUUCAUUGAUACAACAGCAAACAGGUGUUGAGAACAGUGCUAGGUACUCUUCUCAUUAGUGUUGGAGUUAUUGCUGUGAGAAAGACAGUAAUCUUUGCCUACAAGGAUCUUAUGUUCUAAUCAGGGGCAUGAGAUGAUAAGCGGUAAGUAGCAUGCUAUAUAAUCAUAUAGUAUAUUAGAAGAUGAAAAUGAAGAGACUGCUAAUGUAGUACUCAAGUACUCCCAAAAGACAGGUUAGAAGUCAUGGCCAUCUGGGAGAAGGGCCAGGUGGAAGGAAACAGAUCUGAGAUGGGAGCAUCUAACAUGUUAAAGGAGCAGUGAGGAGGCUGGAGUCAACAGAUGCCUCAAAGUCUUUUGGAUCUCAUGAACCACAAUGAUGACUUUAACUGAUAAACAAAAGGAACUGUUUGUGGCUUCUCAGCAUACAAAAGAUGUGUGGUGGGACUUACUUAUCAAAAUAAUCGUUCUGGCUACUGAGAGGACAAUAGCCGGAGGGGCAAGGUAAGAAGCAAGGAAUGGGGGAAAACUGCUUACAAUCGUUCAGUCAAGAGUAGAAAGUGACUAAGAACAAGGAAAGCAGUGACCCCACUGGAGUGUUCCUAUCCUGGGUAUAUAGCAAAGGAAGCAUCCCCAGGAUGUGGACUACGAAUGAAAAAGGAGUGAGGUGUUUGGCAGGACCUAGCUGCCAUGACCCAAGCUGGGAGGGCUAUAAGGGGGUGAGGUUGGGGGAAUGACCCAAAGCUCAGUCAUGAUUUGGGGAGAUGGUUGUUAGACAUCUACAUGGAGAUGUGGAGUAGGUCGUUGAUUAUUGCGUCUGGAGUUCAAGAGGGAGAUUAAUCUAGAGACAGAAAUGUCAUUUUCUGGGUGAUUCAUAGGACCAGGAACGUGGCCCUUAUUGGUAAGGGAGACAGCGGAGGAAAGAGAACUCAAGCCUAGUCCUGGGAGAUCUAAAGUUAAAGGGCCCAUUGUGAAACUUGAACCUAUGUUAGGGUGUCCUGGAAACUGCUUUAGCCCCUUCCUUUCUCAAUCAGUAGCCCCAGAGGCCUCUGGUUUGGGGGCAAGUGCCAGGAUGACAUGUUCCAGUAGUGAGGCAUUGCUUUCAUUUUUAUCUGCCCUUUCAAGGUGUUUGGCAGCUUAGCAGUGUAGGGGCAAUAACUCCUAGCAGCUCCCCUCUAGUGUGAGUACUGUCUUGAGAGCAGUAAAUUUCAUUUUCCCUCAUUCACCUCCUUUCUCACUGUCUUUCAAGGAGCCACCACAGCAACACUCCUUCUCCAAGCAUGACAACCGAACUUCCUUCGACAAAGUGAGUGCUGGAGAGGAGAGUGGGUAAGCCCCCAGCCCAGAUGGAAGUUAAGGUAGCAUGGAGAGGAUAAGGCAUCCAGGGAGGGAUAACUCAUUAUACAGAGGUCUGUCUUCCUGACAACUUCUCUUUAGGACAGCCCAUUCCCCCGAACAAAGGGAGCUCUGUUUUGGUGUCCUCCUCCAGUUUGCCUGAUAAUGUGCAAAUACCCUAGGAGCUACUACUGAUUUCUGGGGGGGAUUCACUCUAGAAUAGAAAGCAUGGCUGAGAAGGCCAAAGAAGACAGGGCACAAGCCAGGCUUAGGUGUAGGAGGGAUCAAGAAAGUGCCUGGUGCCAAGACUGUGGGCCAAGGGCCCAUACCGUUGAAAAGGGCCCCUACUGCCUGCUGCAGGGAAUCGGAAAGCGGAAAGACCUGGAGCGUCUGUGGCAGCAGCAUACCUUUCUGCACUGGGCACCCUGUGAGCUGGAGUUACACCAGCAGCGGCCCCUUAAAUCCUCCUACCAGAAAAAUUUCCGGUCAGGCCCAGGAUUCAGAGACCUCCCCCAGCGCCUUGUCCACUUUAUGCAGCUCCAGCCUCCCCAUGUCAGCACCACGUACCAGCAGAACUUCUGCCAGCCAUCACGGGGUGGUCACUGUGGCAGUGACAAAGUGGGACCCCAGGCUCCAGUCACCGACACGCUGCCUGACCUCCCAGGGAUCCCAAGACGCAAGCUACUGCAGCACUACCUUCAUGCUGGUGUCUCCGAAUGUCUAAACUGGUCCAAAGCAUUAAACUAGGAUGGCUGACACAGAGGC